CACUUAAAUCGGAGACCAUGUGAACAUCUUUUUCUCUCUCUCUUUAAUUUUGGUGCAGAGGGGCCGCAGAGCAACGCAGGUCGUCGAACCCAUCUGCUUCCCCUCCACUGCUUUCCCCUCGUUUUAAUCCAAGAAAAAAAAGAGAGAAGAGAUUCGGAUGUGAGCCAAUCCUUUUAGUACAUCGCCUCCCAGUUCUUUGAAACCCUUGAUAGUUUUUUGCUGCCCCAGUUUCUUCGGUCAAAUGGCUUUGCUUCGAAGUUAUUCAAAUGCAUCCUCUGGGAUGGGUGUUGCGGACCAUUGCAAGGAUACAUUCUUAGAGCUUCAGAGGAAGAAGACGCACCGAUAUGUGAUUUUUAAAAUUGAUGAGAAGCAAAAGGAGGUUGUUGUAGAGAAGACUGGAGGUGCAGCUGAGAGCUAUGAUGAUUUCAUGGCUUCUCUACCAGAAAAUGAUUGCCGAUAUGCCGUCUAUGAUUUUGACUUUGUGACUGACGAGAACUGUCAGAAAAGCAAGAUUUUCUUUAUUGCAUGUUGCAAGCAAGGGUUAAAUCCUUGGGACAGGGAUGUCCCGCUUUCUCCAUGGAUCGGGAUGCCCUGAUGUCUAUCUUGCCUGUGUAGGCGUCCCGGUCGAGCGGUCCCCUUCUGUAUCUCGAAUUCGAGCUAAGAUGCUCUAUGCAACCUCCAAGGAUCGGUUCAGGCGAGAGCUGGAUGGAAUUCACUAUGAGAUUCAGGCAACCGACCCCUCAGAGGUGGACCUUGAGGUUCUUAGAGACAGGGCACAUUAAAUCAGAGUUCUUAGGAUCAUGCAAACUAAAACAAGUGAUGGGUGUAUUCAGUAAUGCCCUUUGGAAAAUAGUUGUGAAGAAACCAGAUUCUUAUGAACUAUAUGCAGCUUGACUAUGCUGGUUGAUAUUUAUGUUGUUGGAAAACCGAUAUUUAUAAACUAUGGAAAGAAAUUGUAAGCAAGUACAACUCCUAAGACCAUAGAUUGUAUGAUUGUUGUGCAUGAUCGGGUGACUGCAUCUUCCCUA